GGGGCGGGGCUGCACUGAGAAGCUGAGACGGCCGCGGCUGCUCGUCCUGGCUGGCGGGGCGGGGGUCUGGCGAUGGGGGCGGGAGGAACAACGGGCCGGUGAGCGCCGCGGCCGCCGUCCCCGCCGAGCUCGCGCGGGCAGCCGCUGCACCGUCGCUGCCGCCCGACCCCCUGAGAAGAGAACGUUGAAGCAGCCCUCCGCUAGCGGCCGCGGUGACAGCCCGGCUUCGGCGAGAUGAACCGUGGUGGCAGCAGCGCGUCGGCCUCGGCCAACUACCUGCUCUGCACCAACUGCCGGAAAGUGCUGCGGAAGUUUUUUAAGAAACUAACAUUUCUGUUUACCUGAGAAGAUCAUCUUACUUCCAACCAUAACUAUAAGAAGGAGAAGACAAAAGAAUUAGGGUGUCUCAACCCCUGACAAGAGGACCAAGUGCCUUUAUUCCAGAGAAGGAAGUUGUCCAAGCAAAUACGACAGAUGAACGAACAAACUUUCUUGUGGAAGAGUACUCUACAUCCGGUCGCCUGGACAACAUCACACAGGUGAUGAGCUUGCACACUCAGUACCUGGAGUCUUUCUUGCGGAGCCAGUUCUACAUGCUGCGUAUGGAUGGCCCCCUCCCCCUCCCGGACAGGCACUACAUUGCCAUCAUGGCUGCAGCCAGACACCAGUGUUCCUACCUAAUAAACAUGCAUGUGGAUGAAUUUUUAAAGACUGGAGGGAUUGCUGAGUGGCUCAAUGGCUUGGAAUAUGUACCACAAAGACUGAGAAAUCUUAAUGAAAUUAACAAGCUGCUGGCACACCGGCCCUGGCUGAUCACAAAAGAGCACAUUCAGAAACUUGUCAAAACUGGAGAAAAUAACUGGUCCCUGCCUGAGCUAGUGCACGCCGUGGUCCUCUUGGCUCACUAUCACGCUUUGGCCAGCUUUGUUUUUGGUAGUGGCAUCAAUCCAGAGAGAGACCCGGGAAUCGCCAAUGGGUUCAGACUAAUCUCCGUGAGCAGCUUCUGUGUGUGUGACCUGGCCAAUGACAACAGCAUCGAGAACGCCUCCCUGGCGGGCAACAACUUUGGGAUCGUGGAUUCGCUAGGUGAGCUAGAAGCCUUAAUGGAAAGGAUGAAAAGGCUUCAGGAAGACAGGGAAGAUGAAGAGACCUCUCGGGAAGAAAUGACCACGCGUUUUGAGAAGGAAAAGAAAGAAAGUCUCUUUGUCGUCCCUGGAGAGACUUUCCAUUCGUUUCCUCACUCAGAUUUCGAAGAUGACAUGAUUGUAGCAGCCGAUGUCUCUCGAUACAUCGAAGACCCAGGCUUUGGGUAUGAAGACUUCGCCAGGCGAGGGGAAGAACAUUUGCCGACAUUCCGAGCCCAGGACUACACCUGGGAAAAUCAUGGGUUCUCACUGGUGAACAGGCUUUACUCUGACAUUGGACAUCUCCUGGAUGAGAAGUUUCGAAUGGUCUACAAUCUCACCUACAACACAAUGGCCACCCAUGAGGAUGUUGACACGACCACGCUGCGCAGAGCUUUGUUUAACUAUGUUCACUGUAUGUUUGGAAUCAGGUAUGAUGACUACGACUAUGGAGAAGUUAACCAGUUACUCGAACGGAGCCUGAAGGUUUACAUCAAGACAGUGACCUGCUACCCUGAGAGAACCACAAAGCGCAUGUAUGACAGCUACUGGCGGCAGUUCACUCAUUCAGAGAAGGUCCACGUGAAUCUGCUUCUGAUGGAAGCACGGAUGCAGGCUGAGCUGCUUUACGCUCUGCGAGCCAUAACUAGGCAUCUGACCUGAAGCACCUACAGGAGGGUGUCAGCAUGCAUCAGGGCCUCUCACCUGGGACUCCCAUCAGAACUUGUUUGUGACGCAGCUCAGCAGUUACUCAGUUCUCUAGUGUCAAAGUAGAGCUGUCGGGGUUGUUGUUUUUGUUUUUUAUUUUAUUUUUGUUUUGUUCUUGUUGUUAGGGUUGCUUUGUUUUGUUUUGUUUUGAUUUUUUUUCCAGCUGUCAUGUGCAAUGGUGUGUUUUAUAUUUCUCAAUGCUUAACAUUGCUAACGAUUGCAAAAGUAACCCUGACGAGUACUACUUUACGUUGUUAAGAGUUGGAUUUUCAGAUCUGACCAUAAAUCAUGAACUGGUUUGUUAAUGCUUCACUUCAAUAUUUUGAAGUUCAUAUGUAUGUGUAUUAUUUUUCUUUACUUAAAAAAAAAUAAGGAAAAUGCUUACAGUUCGCUCAAGCAGUUGUUUUUCAGAUAUCAACAUUCAGCAAAGAAUUGGUGUCCUCUCCUGCUCUAAAAUCCCACACGUGUCCUGAGUCUGGGGAAAAGCAUGUGCUGCUGAAGCAAGCGCCUCAGGCACGGCCAUGUCCCCAGGAGAUCUCAGGCACUGUUCUGUUUUAGUUUUUCUGAUUUUCUUACACUGCUAUUGGCAAUAACGUGAAAUGUGAUACAGACAUCAUCCAUAAUUUAAUGUGAAAUUAAUUAUGAUGAAUUCUAUAGCAUGCUACUGAAAUGCCAAGUUCAGCUCCUUUGUCUUCUGAAGCAGAGGCUCCGUUUUCCCACAUGGCUGUCUGUGUGAGUGGACUGAGGCGUCCCGAGUCCGGGCUGGGGCUCCCCGUCCUCUCUAGUAGCUGGUGCCCACACUGCUGCUUACGGCUCCCACACUCGGUACACACAAGCUCACACCCACAACUCCGACCAAAUGUUUCUUUGCACAUUCUCCUUUACUUAGAGUUAAGGAUGGUUAGUUAAUAGACCCCUAAUUCUUCCUGUUACACUUUUGGAAAUUAUUUUACUUGAUUUUCUCUUAUAAUACCUUAAGUAAUUUGUUAUUCAAAGGUAAAAAUUGUGUUUCUGUGCAUUAAUGUGAUUGAGUAACAACAAAACAGUGCAGUGUUUUUUAGAACUCAGCUCGGUUUCCCCAUCAUGUCACUGCAGAAGUGUCCUUUUAAACAGAGCCAUGAAGACACGACCUUCACAGUUCUUUACUGUGCUAGGUGUUUGCAGUUUCACCUUGCUGGGGCUGAACAUGCCAAAGCAUUCUUUCCCCAGAAAACUCUGUUUGGGCGACUAGGUUAAAACAAAGCAAAGCAAAACAAAACAAAGCCACAGCUUUGUCAUAGGGGAGGAGGAAAAAAAAAAAACAGUCAAAACCUCACAUUUUUGCAUCAGUUUAUGUUUUUUGAUUAGACUAUCUUCAGAGAGCACAACCUUAUGUGUUUAUAGCUUUAAUUUGCAUUGUGUUAAUGAACCAGUGAAGUGCCUAGAGAGCUGCCCAGCACCUGGAGGACCCGGCAGCACUUGGAGGACUCAGCUGAGGCCUUUGCUUGAGGAAAGGUGACUGCAUUCUUCACACCCAUGCUAAUCUAGACUGUCCCUGUCUGUCACAGUAAGUCAUCCAGGGAACUUCCACAGAGAGCUCAUCUGGGGUCUCCUUGUUAUGUGGGUGACUUCUCUUAUGAAAGGCCUGUGGGCCAGUGUUCCCCUUCUAUCUGCCACCUUUUUCUGGAUGUUAGCUCCUUUUCCUUGAGAUUUUGUUCAGGAGAGGAAAACAAAGAUGGUUGUAGGCCUGUCAGCAAAGGUAGUUUUAGACUCCAGGAUCUUGUUUAAAAUCCUCCAUGUGAGGAAAAGGUUUUGAAGACAGGGUGGUUUCUUUAAAGAGACUAUUCAGAGAACCUGUGCCAGGUUUCUUGUGAUCUGUUGGGUGUGUGGGCUGUGUGCUCACCUUCUUUAGAUCGUUUGAACUACAAGGAAGUAUUUAGAAGGCUGGCAAAGCACAGGGGUGUCGUCCCAUGCUAAGAUUUUCAUUUAGGGUAGAGUUUAUUAUUAUUUUUUAAAAGUAAGUAUUAGAAACAGUUCCACUUCAUAGCCCCAUAUUUUGUGGAGGUGAACUGAAUGGCAGAUGGAAAUAGUUUUUAUGUACUGACUAAGAGGAGGAAUUCUCACAGAACCCUGAAUAAGCUUUAGACCAAAAGGGAAAAAACAAGGGUUAAGUACAGUGACCACUUACUUUUUGGUUUUGGUUUUUGUGUUGCCCCAGAAAUGUCAGUAGAGAUUGGGCUGUGGAAAUCAUUAGUGCCUUCAAUAGAUUUCUCUCCUAGAAAAGCUUCAUUUUAGUUCAUCAGGACCAGUCAAUAAUCAGGAGAAUAUGUGCAUAAAAACACAGCAAUGUAUUUAUGAACCUCAGUGAACCAGCCUCAGAAAGUUGACUUGUGAAGGCAGCCCCACCUCCGUGCAUUGGCAGAUACAGCAUUCCCGGUGUGCAUGCUGUUGUAAGAAUUUGCUGUCAACCCUCUUUAUCCAGCGCAAACUUGAAAUUCUGAUGCGGUUUUCCAGGGUGGCAUUUUUUUUUCCAGAGUAUUGAAUUUACGAUGUAGUAAUUUAUAGUGUAGCUUUUUAUACAUAAAUGUGAUAUUUUUAAAAGGAGCUACCUGACUCAGUCGGUGUAAUAACAGAGCCUAUUAUAAGCUGAGCUACACUUGGGGCUCACACUGUGCCAAACUUAAGCGUGCAAGUGUGUGUGAAAAGCACGUCUGAUUGUGAAGCCCUCAACUCCCUGCUCUGUGUGUUAAAAUCAGCCUGUAACCCAUAUUGGUUCUGUUUGGAAUCUCACAUUUGCCAGCAUCUAUGCUAGUUCCUAAUUUCUCAGAUCACUAUCAAAAACAUCUAGGAAGUCAGGCUUGGUGGCACAUACCUAUAAUCCCAGUACUUGGAAGCCUGAAGCAAGAAGAUGGUGGUUUUGAGGAUAGCCUGGGCUACAUAGUAAGUUCAAGGCCAGCCUGAGCUGCAUAGUGAUACCCUGUUUCAAAAACUAAAAAAAGAGAUGGAAAUAAAUAUGUAAGUACCCUUACAUGUGAAAGUGGGCGUGCCCACUUGUCUGUGGGAGUGGUUGGAAUGCUGCAGCCUGCCUAAGAAGUGGUUUCUCAGGCCAGAUUUCCUCAGGAAGACUCGAGAUACUCAAAGGGGAAAGGCUUUUGAGAUGAGACCACUUUUAAAAAUAUUCCUUGUCUCAGUCCAAGGAAUAAUGCGCCACCCCGUAGGGUGCUCUGUAAAUCAGAGGGUCGCUAACACCGAAUCUUGGCCUUUUGAACCAGUUUUAAACCCAAUAAUAGCACAGCUGUACAGGGCUAUUUUUAAAGAGAAAACUCAAGUAAGAUUUAUAUAAAGGUCAUGUAAAAUUUGAACCAGAGCCCUAUUUUGUUUGUGUCAUGUCUCCUAAAGAUUUUAAUAAUUCUAAGAUCUAAUGGAUAUCAUCCAGGGAAACACUUCCUCCCGCACCUCAGAAGGUUUGCUAAUCCAAAAUCCUAGACUUUAUGCCACACCAAAGUAAAUUUAUGAGUAAACAGUUAUAGAUUAUUACUCAAAAGUCAUCAGUUCCUGUGGCAAGUGCAUGCUAUAUGAUAGUAAGGCUCCUUUAAGCUCAAAGACAAGGAAAACAGAACAAAUCCCGUGUGAACCAUAAAAACAGUGUGUGCUGCGACAGGCAAAUGAGGUUUUUACUUUGUGUCGUGUUUUAAGGACAACUCUAAAUCACUGCUCUCAUUCUCUGUGAAAAGGACCAUCUUGUGUGGAAUAAAAACUUGCAAGAUGAUCCAAGUAAGCAUUCUUAGUGGUACCUCACCAGCAAGUGGAAAGGUAACUCCUCCAUAGGGAGGGCACUGUAAGCUUUGUGCCCGUGGCAACAGGAACCCUUUCUAGGUGUCUGGCACUCUGCACGGCUCUCAGUGGAGACGCAGAUGCAGACUCAGAGCAGGCCAUUACAUGAAUGUAUCCUGUCAGUCCACAGAGCUUUAACCCCAUGCACCUAUCUGCAGCUUAUCUCACUCCUAAUCUAACCCUGUCAAAAACACCAGCUGCUUAGGUAAGACCAAGAACAGAAAAGGCUGAUGUGAAGUGGCCUGGAGCAGAGCUGUGCAUCCAGGCUGAGUGUGAGGAAGAACCCUUGGAACCCAGAGCUGAGACUCUGGCUGUUCUUGGCAAAUGUAACUGCUAUAAAGGUGGAAGCUCCUACCAGCCUGUGUCCACCCUUUCCUGCCUUCCUCUUCCUCCAAGUGCCUCAGCCACUGCUCACAUUCCUUCCCUCCCUAAGUCUGUCUGGGUCUUAAUGCCUUUCACAAUUGCACAUCACCAGCCUCCUGCUAAUCAUCACCGGUAUGAUGUGUCUUUCUGAGUACAUUUUCCCCCAUCAUUAAAAACAUGCCUUUCCUCAACUCCCUUCAAGUCUCUUCACUGUCCAUCUCUGUUACCAGAUCUAUCACAGCAUCAAAUGUGUCCUGUCCACCCCCUGCUGUCUAUACCAUCUUCCCAGCUGCCAAAAUACCUUGCUGCCCUCUACCUCAUCCCCAAAGAGCCUAGAAACUCAGAGCACCCAGCCUUCUCGUGGGUUCAUUCUCUGCUGUUCAGUAAUACUAGUCCAUAUUUUAAAUAAACCAUAAAACCUUUGCCUUCUAUCUAUCAAAGUAGAAACCUUUAUAUUUAUACAUGAUACAGAAAUUGAACUAUUUCUACCAUGCAGAAUUUAACAUUUAGCAGGAACUCAGAGUGAUUGACUUGCUAGCCUAACUUGGUCUAUAUUAGAUGGUUAAAUACUGGUGAUAGACCCAGUCACUUGAAUGUAGAGUUAAAAUUCCCCAACAGUCCAGAUUAACCUAUAACUCUUCAGUGGGACAGGAGAUUUCUGGCAGACAAAUGAGGUAGUGUUUUAGACAACAGUUUCAUUGGUGGUUUUGGGGCCUUAAAACACAUUCUCAUAGAGGACAUCUAAUGAAAGGUGUUUAGAAGGUCAGAUUAGAUCAUAUUAGCCUAUUUGAUGUAUAAUGGAGAUAAAAAUCCCAAAAAAACUGGAUACAUCUGAAUUUGACUUAAUUAAGCUUCUAACCCCAACCCUCCUGUUCCCAAUAGGAGAAAACUUACCUUUUGUUGGCUUGUGUCUCGAUUCCCCCUGGCUGCUCUUCCCGUAUGUCCAGAUAGUGUCAUUAAGGAAGAGAAUGUUGUACUGAGGCAGGAAUGCAGUUUCUCCCCUCCAGCCAGGCUCCUAACAGGAGAUACACGUUCAUAUGUAGAUGGCUGGCUGGCCUGCCCUGUUUGGGAGUAGAUCUGAGAACUCUAAUGGUCUUCAGAUGUGUCCAUCCCAGGCAUGAACACUCCAACAGGACAAUGCCCAAUCCAUGCAUUUAAAGACCCAAGAGUGAAGCAGGUGCCUACUUGGGCAGUGGAUUGGUGCCCAACAUCAUGAGGAGUUCACUUAGCUUUAACUAAAUUAGCACCACACCGCCAUGAAGGCCAGAAUUGAAAGGGUAAAGGAAUGUCUGCCUCUGCAUGUGGAAAGCCUUGAGGUAACCCAGCCUGUGCUGUAAAGUAGCUUAUAGAAGGAGCAUCCCCCUUUAGAGUUCCUACAACCCCAAACAUUAGAAAUGGAAAUAUGAAAAAUAUAAUUUUAGUAUGUAAAAUUUUGCUAAAAUUGUCUAUUUCUUACUCAAAGUAACCUCUAAAAAUGAAUGUAUCAUUUUUACAGAAAGAAUGUUAAGAGAGAGUCUAUGGUCUUUAGUAUUAAAAUGUUGCUUACAGGUACCACUGAGUUAAAUGUACACAUUAUAUCCAGAAGAAACCAGAUUUCUUAAUUGAUCUUUACAAACUUUAACUGGCUCUCCCAGUCUGUAAAAGAACAAAAAGUAGAAUGAAGGAAAUGUGUCAGCUGGGUGGCCGAGGAUCUUUCCUUUCUAAAGCAGAGACCAUCUCUUUCCCGCCUCUCACUGGUUUCCCAGAAUAGAGCCUGAGCUUAAUGGUACCUGAGCACCAAGGAUGGUGAUCAGAUGACUGUACAUCUACUGCAGACAUUUCCUUUGCAUUUGGAUGUCUCUGCAGAAGAGGAAGUAGGGUUUUUCCUUCUUCUUUCUCGUCACAUUUACUCUUUUUACCCAAAACAAGAUGGAGAUUGGAAGCAAAUCCCAGACCACUUGGGCAUCUUCUUUAUACUAAUUGAAUAGGCACACACACAGUCUGGUCAAGGUAAACGAGAACCCUGUCAGGUCACCUUGGAAACAUGUCCUUGCCACUUGGCUUAGCUCCUGCAAACCUGAAAGAAACGUUCCUCAUCAUGGAAGAACUGGAUGUAGCUUUUAACUUAUGAAAUAGGAGUUGAACUUGAAAGCCUUUCUGAAUCCUGAUUGUGUAGGGCAGCUGCAUAAUGAAUGUACACAUGAAGACUGUAGCUGAGCUGCACGAGUCAGAUGCCAACUUCGUGACUUUCCCAUGUAGACAUCGUCUCCUUAAGUUGUGAGUGAUGUAUGUAGCAUGCUGUGAAGCACCUGUUCUAGUUCUUAACUCAUCAGUAUUAAUACGGAGUUACCCCUGCGUUCCUUGGUACUUUAUAUUCAAUGUAAUCAGAAGCUGUGAUGUAUCCCCUUCCUAGUCCCAUGCUUUGUUGCUGUAAAUUUCCUUAUGAAGCACGUGACUUUGGACUCAUGUAAGGUGGAUGAUCUUAAAGACUGCUACACACACACACACACACACACACACACACACACACACCAGUCUCUUAUUAUGUAUGGUUUUAAGUUAAGCUUUUCUCCAGUAGACUAUUGAUGCAGUUUAGGGGUCCACAAGUUCACUGUCAGGUGGCAGCCUCCUUUUUAUAGGUUCAACUCUGAGAAUAGCAAGCUUUAUCAACAGCCACUUCACCCUUGUUCUAGCAAAGCAGACCCUGCUGUAAAUGUAGGCUAUGGUGGUUACCCAUAAUGCCCUCCACAUGCAUCAGCAGUUAUGAAGAUGACAGAACCCAUGAGAGCUUCUUGUAUGUAUAAGUAGGCUUGAUUUUUGUUGUUAUGUUGCUGGUUUGGCAGUUUGACUAAAGCCGACCCCGAUGGGCCAGCUCGUGUAAUACUGUAGUGGAUUAAUGCCUCUCUUCUCGUUCUGCUGCUGUCGUUUUGUUUUGUGAGGGAUGGGUAAUAUUAUUUGAACAGAUAAAGAAGGAACUGUUAGUGAAUCAAGACAAACACACCUGAAAUAAAGGAGCUGUGUAUUAACCUGUUAACAAUUCAUAACUGCACUUUCUAUGACAUUUUGAAAAUCUAUUUAUAGGUACAGAACAAUGGGUUUUGUUAAACUGUAUCACGUUUAUACCUGCAGAAUUUAUUUCAUUGUUAUUAGUAGGAAUUUUAUUGGUUCAAUAAAAUUGGCAAAACUGA